CAAGCCGCCGUCACGGCAGCACCCGGGCGGAGCGGGUGCCUCAAUGCUGGGUGCCAAUGCGGGGAGGGCGCUGCAAACACGGGGCUCCUCCGCCGGCUAGGUGGAAAGUUCGCCGCUGCAUCGGACCAACGGAGCAUUGACUAAGAACAGCCAGUCUUCGGUGGAGGGGGACGCGGAGUCUCUUCUCUUUCCAGUGACCGCGCAAACUUUGCAUUUCCUCGCACGCUUCCUUCUUUUUUAAAAUAAUAAUAAUAAUAAAAAUCUCUAGGAAAAGGCGGCUUUGCUUUUCUGGUUUGCAAAGAAAACCUCGCAGGCUAUAACUAUUUCCAGGCACCUGUGUCGUGAGCAGACCCUGAGCUGGGGUAGCCCAGAAGAUGACAGAGUACAAACUGGUGGUUGUUGGAGCAGGAGGCGUUGGGAAAAGUGCAUUGACUAUUCAGCUGAUUCAGAAUCAUUUUGUUGAUGAAUACGAUCCUACCAUAGAGGAUUCGUACAGAAAGCAAGUAGUCAUCGAUGGGGAGACCUGCUUACUGGACAUCUUGGACACAGCUGGCCAAGAGGAAUACAGUGCCAUGCGAGACCAGUACAUGCGGACAGGGGAAGGCUUCCUAUGUGUCUUCGCUAUUAACAACACCAAGUCCUUUGAAGACAUUCAUCAGUAUAGAGAACAGAUCAAGAGAGUGAAGGACUCUGAUGAUGUGCCCAUGGUGUUGGUGGGGAAUAAAUGUGAUCUUCCUGCCCGGACUGUGGAAACGCGGCAAGCCCAGGAGCUGGCUCGGAGCUAUGGGAUUCCAUACAUAGAGACGUCAGCCAAAACUAGACAGGGAGUUGAAGAUGCCUUCUAUACUUUAGUGCGAGAGAUCCGGCAGCACAAACUACGUAAAUUGAAUCCUCCAGAUGAAAGUGGUCCAGGCUGCAUGAACUGCAAAUGUGUAAUAUCAUGACCAAGUGGACCAGAUGUGACUUGGAAGGCUUUCUACUGUGUGUAGCAUGGAGAUGGAGGCGAUGUGAAAAUAGAAUCAAAUGGAUUUGGGGAAAGGAAAGAUGGGGUGAUGUCUGCAGGCCCCCCCAAGGGCUCCACAUGGACAGUUUUAAAAAUUCACCAAGGCCUGCAAGGAACUGUUUUAUUGUUUAAAUCUCCCCCCCUUUUUUGCCUUUCCCCCCCUUCCUGGCAGUGUGUACAAAGCCACAUAAGGAAUUGCAGUAAGUUAUUAUUUGGUGGUCUUGACACUGGUUUUGCCAUCUCUAUCAUUGUUCCAAGGGAUUGAGUGUCUGAAAGGUGGCUCAUGCAGGGAAAGACCCAUCUUUUGUUUCUUCAAUCAGCUUGAGAUCAGCUCACCAAGAGCAAAGCCUGGGCGCAUCUGCAGGCGGACUGGUUUCCCACUUUGGUGCUCCAAGGCAUGCAAGACAGGGAGCAAACCCUGUAAUUCCCAGCUUGGAGGGCUCCAUCUGAAAGAAAGCUAGCUGUUGUCAGCAGAAGACCAAGUCUCUUUGGAAGGCACAGCCAAGAAGAUUCACUUGUCUGUCAUUCCAUGGGGGGGGGGGAGAGAAAAUGCUCUGAGUUUUAGGAAGUGGGUAGGAAAAGGCAUAAAAAUAAUUAUACCUGUAGCUGUUCAUGGAACAUAGUUCCACGUGUCUCCACCCAUUGAUUUAUCUCUGUGUAAACAGGAAAGAUAAUUACGCCUCUUACUUUGGGCUAAUAUUGUCUCCCCUGUGCUAGAACAACCCAGUCGUUGUCCUUGCAGAGAGAUGAUGUUCAGUCUGUUGGACAUCUCUUCAGGCCUGGCCAUUAUCUUCAAGAGUCCUUGAGAAGGGGUGGAGGGAAAGAGGGGUGCCAGUUUUUAGAUUUGCCUUUUUUCUCCUUCCUUUUUAUGGUGCUGGGAGAAUGUGUAAACAUAUAAAUUGUCUUUACCUGAACCUGUUGAUGGAGAUUGAAGGAUCUUGGAUUUUCCAACUCUGAAUUGAGCCCAACCUUUGCUCAUUCCGUGCUGCAUCAAAGGGAAACAGUCCCUCCUCCUUAUAUCUUUAGGGGGCAUGGGAAGCUUUUUGUAUUUUUUUUUUCCCACAACCUUUGUGUCUUACAGGCUGACUGGGAAGAAUUAUCCAGUGGGCAAGAAAGGGUGACUUGUAUGUAGGCUUUCCUGUUUGUUGUUGGCAUGGUCUUCCCCCUCCCCCCCCCCGACUCCCCAAGAUUUCUAUGCUUGUUGCCUGUGUCAAGGCUGUCUUCCCUAGUGUGCUUCUUGCAACAUUUGUGUACUAACCUGGAGGUGGAGCUGGUCUUUGGAGACAUGGGAGCCUGUUUCCGUGUUCCUGCUCCAUUCUCCGUUCUCCCUCGUAGCCGCUGUGCCUACGUAAUUGCAUGCACAGCUCCAAAUCCUGCUGUCAAGGAACAGUUCCUCUGUAUUUCUGUGACUACUUGCUGUAAUUCAAAGCUUUUCUGGUAAAAUACCACAACCAGAUCCUCAUCACUGGCUGAAUUAAAGAAAACCAGCCUAAUAAUUAGAUAACAAGCAUGAUUUUUUUUUUUAAAAAAAAACAACUGUUGGGAGUAUUAAAGAGAACCCAAACCUAGCCUUAAAUGUCAUUAAAAGCGAUUUUGUUCUCAAAAGCGUUGGUGUGCAUACUGUACCUUUUUGGAUUUAUGUUCCUUUUAUUCAAACUCCCUGUACUAUUUGUCAUCCCUGCAUUAUAUCUCAGGAUGAAAAUAGUUAUCGAUAUUUAAAUCCCAAGAAACAGCUUCAUUGUCCACACAUUUUUGCCACUGAAAUAUGUGUCUUAAAAAGUAAACAUUGGUUUAUUUUUGUUAAUUGUUUAAAAUACCCAUUUCAUUUCUGGAUGAAUUUACUAUUUGAUCAGGUUUUUCUCAACACCAGGCAUUCUUAAUAGCAGGAUGGCUUAUUGUCGAUGUUGACCAGAUAUUGAGAGAGGCCUCUGUGUUUAUUAUAAUGGUGCUAUCAAGAUGAAACACUGAAAAUGGUACCAUAUCAUCAGCGUCAGCUCUAUAGGCAGCUUAUUGAAAAAACCUAUCUCAAGAGGUUUUUUUUUUCACUGCUCCAAAAACUUGAUCCAUUGAUUUCUACCAAUAUAAUUCAAAGUACAAAUUUAACUAAGCUUAGAUCUGCUUUAUAAUUUGUUAUAGAAUCUUAGCAGGGCAAGGUGAAUUUAAACAAAUGGAUGAUAACUGUACUUCUAUCCUAAGGUAGAUGUCCAGGAAUGUCCUAAGGAGAAACUAUAAAGCAGCAGGA